AGCAACUGCCUCAGCGCUCACAAAGUGAUGCUGUCUGGAUCUUAAAGUUUAGAGCGCAGAUAAACAGUUACCAUCUUACAUAAGCCUAGUUGUUUUACUACUCGGGCUUCAUGACGCGGAGAAUAAUUUCUAAGCAGCCUAUCAUACACGCACACUGUCCAAAUAAAUGUUACACAUAGUCAUAACUGUCAGUUGUGCUAAAUAUCAGACAUCAUGAGUCAUAAAUGAUACGUUUAGCACAGGGAUGACAAGAUAGUGAUGGGAUUUACGGCUCUUUGAAGAGAGCUGGAUGUCCCUUUCUAAGACGCUCUUUCGGCUCCCAAACGGUUCUUUAUUUAGUAGCCUACGGCUUACGUUAGGCAGCAUUAUUAUUUGUUGCAGGAAAUAAUUAGGCUAUGCAAGAUUCUUCAUCUGCAAUACAUUGAAAUAUUCUGUCAUUCUGAUGAUCAGGAAGUCUUCACCCUACCAAUGAAAAUGGGCGUGUCCUAUAUCAACACUGUUCCAACUGACACAUCACUAAUGACACAAGUUUCAUUGCCAGGUGCGUUUAGGCCUCAAUUAGUGGGCGUGGUUUAAAGUCACCUGAGGACUUUUAUAAAUUGUUUCUGGUCGCUAGUUUUUAUACACAAUUGUCCUGAAUAUUUUCUAGCCAUGAGUUCAGCAAAGCCCUACAUUGGCUGUAAAAUAGGGUUAAUUUCAAAAGCCCAAAAUCGCUAUGAGGGGAUUUUGUAUACAAUUGAUAAAGUGAACUCCACAGUGGUGCUGGCAAAAGUCAAAUGUUUUGGAACGGAGGGACGACCCGCUGACAGACCAACACCACCUAAAGAUGAUAUCUAUGAGUACAUCACUUUCCGGGGAAAUGAUAUUAAGGAUAUCACGCUGUGUGAACCUCCAAGAUCUCACCAUGGCCUACCCCCAGAUCCUGCAAUAAUACAGUCAUCCAGUGCAGGCUCUUCAGGAAUCUACUCCGCUCAUGGUGGAUCACUUAGCCCAGUAAAAAUACCUGCCUACAACCAGCUAGCUGCCAGCUCUCUACUUAACCAACAGUAUGCUGCAGCUCUUGGCCUUGGGCCUAUACUUCCAGGCCUAAAUGUUAGAAAGGGGCCCAUGGUGGAGAAGGCUGUUCAAACCCUCCAUGUGGAAAUAUCUGGCCAGAGGAGAGGUUUGACUGCAUCCUGGGAGAGGGAGCAGCAAUGGGAGAGAAGGAGGCCCCAGAGGACCAGAGGAGGGAGUUUGCAGGGCAGAAGGGGCACUGGAGCCACCAUGAGGUCAGCCCCAACUGUGCAUAGUGCUCGGCAGGACACUUGGCAGCAGAAUAAUGAAAACAGGUCACCACCCAGAAGAAAAGGAGCGCGGAGACGCAGAAACCGUAAUAGAGGCCAGCUGUUGGUGGCGAAUGUUCCAUCUGCCAUCCUUAAGUUUGACACAGACUUUGAUUUUGAUUCCUCAAAUGCACAGUUUAUUAAGGAGGAGCUGGAGAGGGAGGUGCAGGACAGGAUGAAUGUGAAAGAUGGAAAUCAUGAGGUAGCGAAAGAAAAAAAGGAACUGCAGUCGACUGCAGAGGAUGAUCACUUUGGACCAAAAUGCUACUAUGACAAAACGAAGUCUUUCUUUGACAACAUCUCUUCUGAUAAGAAGUUCAGGUGGGGGGGGUGGCUAACAUGGGCAGAGGAGCGGAAGCGCAAUCUGGAGACAUUUGGGGUCCCUGGACGGUUCCUGAGGGGCCAAGGCUUCAGAGGUGGAUAUACUGGACGAAGAGGACGGGGCACUCUUUCUUCUUACAGUACUUCUUAUGUAUAACAAAUGGGGAUAUUGUGUGUUACCCAUAAUGAAGAUUAAGAUCCGCAAAAGCCGCUCUGUUGGUGCUGUAUGAAGAAGGAUCCUUUCUUUAGUCACUCUCCCUAAGGCAGUUGUCCUAACCCCAUAUUGCCAGGAUUAUGUUUGGCCACAUUUUGAGUUUAGAUGCAUGGCUCACUAAAUGGUCCACUGACUUAUUUUUUUAUUUUUUUUUCAAUUACAUAGGAAGUGAAUGUUAAGCUUCUGUUUUGUUUUCUGCUACUUGGAAGAAUUCUGCUCCAAAAAUGUAUUUGUUUCAUAUUUAAAGUACCUGGCUUUGCCUCUUGGGCGAAGGUACUCAUCAUAAUUUGUACACUUGUCAUGAACAAAUGUUGUAAAUAUUAUCAACAUGAAAUGAACUAAACCUAAAUGUAUGUUUAAAAAAAAAAAAAGGUGAAAUCGUGUUCACUGCUUUAUUCUGUGGUAUUGAAGCAUCAAGCCAGAUUGAUAUAAAUAAACUGGGAAUUGCUGAUGAUGGCCA